GGCCUCAUCGCCCAGCUGGUGGCCGGCGACCCCGAGGCCUACUGCGAGGCCGUGCUGGGGAAAACCAACAGGGAGUACUGCGACUGGAUCAGGAGGGAGGACACCUGGGGAGGGGCCAUCGAGGUGUCCAUCCUAUCCAAGUUUUACCAGUGUGAGAUCUGCGUGGUGGACACGCAGACGGUGAGGAUCGACCGCUUCGGGGAGGACGCGGGGUACGCCCGGCGCGUGCUGCUCAUCUACGAUGGGAUCCACUACGACCCCCUGGAGCGCAGGGGCCCCGCCUCGGACGCUCCCCCCCAGACCAUUUUCUCCACGGCGGAUGACGUGGUCUUGGCGGACGAGGCCAGGAGGAAGAGGCAGUUCACCGACGUGAAUCGCUUCGCCCUGCGGUGCAUGGUGUGCCAGAAGGGACUCACGGGACAGGCCGAGGCCAGGGAGCACGCCAAGGAGACUGGACACACCAACUUUGGGGAGGUGUGA